ACCCGAAGACGUUUUUUCUCCGGGCCGUGGUCUCCUCUCCGGGCAGCGGCGCAGGCUGCACAUGCGCGGUAGCUGCGGUUCUCGCUGGUUAGAAAGGACAGGUGGACAAGCAUCACUUUCCAGAGAAGAUGACUUUUAAGAGUUUUGAAGAUUCUAAAACUUGUGUACCUCCAGACAUCAAUAUGGAUGAAGAUUUUGUAGAGGAAAAGAAUAGAUUAAAAACAUUUGCUAAUUUUCCAAGUAGUAGCCCUGUUUCAGCAUCAGCACUGGCACGAGCAGGUUUCCUCUAUACGGGUGAAGGAGAUACCGUACAGUGCUUCAGCUGUCAUGUAGCUGUAGAUAGAUGGCAGUUUGGAGACUCAGCAGUUGGAAGACAUAGAAAAGUAUCCCCAAACUGCAGAUUCAUUAAUGGUUUUUAUUUUGAAAAGCAUGCUACGCAGUUUUCAAGUCCCAUUAUCCAAAACUGUCAGUACAGAGUUGAAAAUUGUUCAAGGAAUAUAAAUCAUUUUGCUUUGGAGAGACCCCCUGACACUUAUGGGGAGUAUCUUUUGAGAAGAGGGCAGGUUGUUGAUAUGUCAGAUACCAUAUACCCAAGGAACCCUUCCAUGUGCAGUGAAGAAGCUAGACUGAGAUCUUUUCAGAACUGGCCAGACUAUGCUCACCUUACCCCGCAGGAGUUAGCGAGUGCUGGCCUGUAUUACAUGGGCAUUGAGGAUCAAGUGCAGUGCUUUUGUUGUGGGGGCAAGUUAAAGAAUUGGGAACCUUGUGAUCGGGCAAUGUCGGAACACAAGAGGCAUUUCCCUAAGUGUUUUUUUGUUUUGGGACGGGAUGUUGGUAAUACUCGAAUUGAAACGGAUCUUAGUUGUGAUAGGAGUUAUCCAAACCCUACCCAUCUCCCAAGGAAUCCAGCCAUGGCAGAGUAUGAAGCACGACUCAUUUCCUUUGCGACAUGGAUUUACUCAGUUAACAAGGAGCAGCUUGCAGAAGCUGGAUUUUAUGCUUUAGGUGACCGUGAUAAAGUAGCAUGCUUUCAUUGUGGAGGUGGACUUACUGAUUGGAAACCCAAUGAAGACCCUUGGGAGCAACAUGCUAAGUGGUAUCCAGGAUGUAAAUAUCUUUUAGAAGAGAAGGGCCAGGAGUAUGUCAACAAUAUUCAUUUAGUGUAUCCACUUGACAAUUCUGUGGUAGAAUCUGCCAAAAAAACUUCAUCAGUAACUAAAGAAAUUGAUGAUAGUGUGUUACAAAAUCCUUUGGUACAAGAUGCAAUACGAAUGGGUUUCAGUUUUCAUGAGAUUAAGAAAAUUAUGGGAGAAAAGAUAAAAUCGUCUGGAAACAACUAUAAAUCACUUGAGGUUCUCGUAGCAGAUCUCGUGAGUGCUCAGAAAGAAAAUACACAAGAAGGAGAAUCAAGUCCAACCUCAUCGCAGAAAGAGAUUAGUACUGAAGAACAGCUCAGGCGUUUGCAAGAAGAAAAGUUGUGUAAGAUCUGCAUGGAUGAGAAUAUCGCUGUCGUUUUCAUCCCUUGUGGACAUCUGGUUACUUGUCAACUGUGUGCUGAAGCAAUUGACAAAUGUCCGAUGUGUUACACUGUCAUUACUUUCAAGCAAAAAAUUUUUAUGUCGUGAUUGCAUCAGUCUAGUUGUCCUAUUCGCUUGACUAUGUGAUAUGAAGCCCACUGGAGUGGCUUUGGACGAAAUGUGAAGGAAGAAAUAAUACCCGCAAUGAUAACUUUUCCUAAAAACCGAACAGGUUUAUUCCUUGAAAUGUCUUUGAAACCUUAGUGUAGUAUCUUUCUCCUUUGUUUUCUUAUUUCACAGUAAGCAGUAGUGUAAGAAGCUAUCCCCAAACUGACCAAAGUGUCUGCUUCUAGGUGUGCUACUUCCUAUUGACUUGACUGUGUGACAUAAAGCCAUUUGAGUGGCUUUUGAUGAUAUCUGAAGGAAGAAAUAAUGCAGACAAUGAUAACUUUUCCUAAAAACUGAACAGGUUCAUCCCUUGAAAUGUCUUUGAAGCCUUAGCAUAUCAUCUUUAUCAUUUGUUUUCUAUUUCACAGUAAUCAGUAGAGUAGGAAGCUAUCCCCACACUGACCAAAGUGUCUGCUUCUAGGUGUGCUGAAUGAGUGUCAAUGUAAGGGGCUUAAUCAACUGGGAAUUAUUGUCUUAGAAAAGACUUGGUAAACACCUCUGAGUCACUGUAGAGAUAGUGAUUAACUUGACCAGUCUGACUCUUUUUUUUUUUGUUAAUAAAAGGAAGAAACUAUCCAGGCAGUCUUGAAAUAAGGCUAAUUUGUAGAUAUUCCAUAUAGUUUUUCUUUUAAGUAAUAAUGAGAAUUAAAACAGAAGUACCAAAGACCAAACAUAUAUGAGAAUGGUGAAAGAAAAACAAUUCCUUUUGCUAUUUAAGUAAUUAUUUAUGACUUAAAGGCUUAAUUGUGUUCAAACACCUACAAAUAUUAAUUGUCACUCAGCAUUGGUUUUCCUAAUUCUCCCAAGAAUGGAAAGCUUUUCCUUUUAGAUUGGUAUUGAAAAGCUUUAAGCAUCUUUUAGCACAUCGUAGAAAAAAAAAAGAAAUUUCCCCCAGUCUCUUGUUUCCAAGUCAAAUAUUUCUGAUUUCCUAAAGUUGAGGAUGGAAAAGAUUCCUCAUUCAUAAGUAAAACACUGAACACUUUUCUCAUUUAAGCCUGCCUGAGUUAUUCUCCAGAACUUUCAGAAGAUUUUUAUUAACCUGGUGUAAAACCUGGCAGCCAAGGUAAGGAAAAGUAGAAUAAUGUUUGUUCUCUGAUUGCCUGCCAGCCCCAGUGGGAAAUGGUCUCUUUCUCCUUUGAACUCCCAAGGCACCUCACUGUAAACUUUCACGCUCUACCCUUGUAUUUAUAUUUAUUUGUGAACUUGUCUUAGUUUCCCAGCUGGACUCUGUAUUCCAUGAAGGCAGGGAAGGCUUUGCAUCUUAUCCUUUAUAUUUCCUGCAGAGCAUAGCAUGAGGCCCUGGGCAUACUAAGUGCUCAAUAAAUACUUGUUGUUUGGCAAAUAUGAUUAUAUUAUUGGCUUUUAGUGCAACUAUUUUAAUGUCACCUGCCCUCUCUUUCUUCCUGUUGUGAGCACCCGUUAAGUGCAGUUCCAAUGGUGUUCAAAACUACCAGUGCCUUGGACCCUGGGGCAUGUAAUACUUGGUGGGGAGGGGAGUACUAGUUAUAAAAAUCAGAAGUACAGACAAGGACAUAACAAAACAAACAGAUCUUUAUGUAUUGGCAAGAUUGCAUAAAAGCAUUCCUGAAUUAAGAAUACUUAACUAUAAUAAUGGAGGUUGCCUAAUGCUCUAAGGAGUACCUCAGGGGCUUGCAUUAAGAGAGCCUCCUGGUGCAACACUUGACAUUGAGGCAUUUUACUGCACAGAAGAGGUUCAAAAUACAACCAUUAAAGCUGUUAUUCAAAAUAUAUUUUGCAAGGGAAAGAUUAGUCAUGCCCUCCUCCGAACUUCAUCUGAUGUUGCUUUAAGUUAGCUUUGCACAGUGUUAGGUGAGAUUUUUCAAAUAAAUAGCUUUCUUCCCUGUUGUUCUUACUCCCUAAAUCCUGUCUUCCCCAAGUCUGCAUUGUCUUCGAUUUAAGCUGAGUUAUGUAUUUUGUUUACAUAUUACAUAUAUCUAAGUUUAUUAAUCCUUUUAAGGAGGAAUAAGUGUUAAGGUUCAUGUGUUUUUUUAAAGGAAAUUUUAAGUGCUGGGGCCUAACACUUAGAGUUGAACUUAGUUAUUAGUAAAGGGCUAGAUUAUUUGAAGAGGGGGGGGAAGACUUUUCCUCUUCUAAGAGCCUAAGUUGAGUUAAACUGUGGGUUCUUUAGAAACCUAUAUGUUUAGAAGAAAGUAGGGGUUGGUUGGGUUUUUUUUUUUAGAAGCAGGCAAAGACUGUUAUCAUGAGUGGUGACAUUUAAAGCUAGUGUGGUGGCUAACGAGUUCUAUUUUAGGAGUUGUUUAGAAAAUACUGUUGCUUUGGGUUCUUCAAGUCACUCCAGCUUCCAAUCCUAUUAUUUUAAGACUUUGGUGUAUUUGGCCACUUGUGAUAGGGGAGGCGGCAGGGUGGUUUAGAGAAGAAAGUGAUGGAUUUGGAGCCAAGAGGCCUAGGUUUAAGUCCUGGCUCCAAUACUUUGUGACCCUGGGCUAAUCACAUCAACUCUUGAAGCCUCAGUGUCUACAACUGUAAAAUGGAGAUGAUAAUAUUUUACUCUAAAUACCUCUUAGAGUUGUGGUAGGGAAGGCAUUCUGUAAACCAUAGGCUACUACAACAAACUCACCAUAUUUCAAAGAUGUCAUUUCAUCAGUGAGAAUACUUUAUCCACCAAUGCCAGUCGUAAGCUCUCCACAGCUUAGAGCUGCUUGAGCCCCAAAAUGAAUCCCUCUGUGGCCAGCCUAGUGUUAAGCUGCUCUGAACCUUGCUAGGCUAGUCCUUAGACAAGAGACCAAACAUUCCACCAUCAGACCCAUCCUUGAAGCUUUCCAGGCUUGAUGUAAAUAAUUGUUAACAGUUGGUUGAUAAAACAUUAUCUAUAGUUUAUAAAUAGCAGUUCUUCAUAUUAGUAUGCUAAUCUUAAAAUAGCAAUGUGUGAUUUCAGUGUUGUAUCUCAACUUUUUAGAAGUAGUUAUUAUGAUAGGACAAACAAGGCCAGGUUUAGCAUUCAUCUGUAGUUUGGAUGGUCUUUGUUUGCUUGUUUUCUUAAAAAUGCAUCUGUUUGUUAGAGAAAACAUUUAUUUCCUUAUUACCUCAGUACUUGAAGAGCAGAGUGGGGAAUAGCAUUCAUUAUGUAGCAUUUCUUCUGGAGAAAUAAGUAAGUGGGAUGGACUGUCAGCCAAACAAUGACUCUCUUGGUCAAACCACUAAAAAGAUAGCAGGAUAUUGUUAGGCACUGCAGAAAAGGAAGGAGAAUAUCAUUCUCUUAUCCAACUGGCUUUAAGUAUUCCCUCAACUUUGAGACUGAGUUUCAUAGAUAUGCCUUCCCAGAUAUGAAGGUCAUGGGAUUAUAGACUUAGAGAGGGAAGGAACCCUAGCAAGCUAUCAAGUCCAACCCUGGUACUUCACAGAUGAGGUGAUUGAAACAAAAGAAGUCAUGUGGCUUGCCCAGGGCCAUACUGCUACUAAAUGAGAGGCAGGAUUUUAAGUAGGGUCUUCCUAAAUUCAACUCCCAGUGCCCUGUCCACUCAAACUCAGAGAGAAAUAGGGGUCACAUAUAUAAGGAUCCCAGUGAGCCAUAUAUAGACUUAAAAAAUCACAUAUUAACAUUAUCUGUGUUCUAUUUUAUUUUUAUUUAUUUCAUUAAACAUUUCCCAGUUAUAUAUUAAUUUGGUUCAGGCUGCACCCAGGAGUGUUGCGGGCUGCAUUUCCACAUGUUUGACACCCCUGCAGUAUACCAUGCUGCAUCUCUCAUCAUCCUACAUCCUGCCUAUUAUAUCUCCCUUUAUUGGGAUUGCACUGGAAAGGAAGAGGGACAGCCAUAGCAUGGUGAAUAGAGUUCUGACCUUAGAAUCAGUUAGACCUAGUUUCGGGUUCUGCUGCUGACAGACCCUGUCUGGGCAAGUCAUUGUAUCUCUCCAUGCCCCAGGCUACUCGGAGACUAGAAGUUGCCAGGUAAGUGCUGACCUGUGCUGGUGGACAAAGGGCAGUCCCUCCAAAAUACUUAGAGCAUCUAUCCUGUAGGAUUGUUGUGAGGUUCUAAUGAGUACCAUAAAUGUUUUUCAAACUUUAAAGUGCUAUAGAAAUGUCACUUGUUAUUAAGGCAGAAUCCUUCUACAACACCUUAAUGUCCCCCUGUAGAUAUGUCAGUGUCACUGCUCCAAGCAGCCUUGCUCCACAUUUUUUUAAGGGCUGUAUGAACUAGAAGGGCCCACUCUUCAGAAUAGUGCUAUUACAAUAUUCUUACUAUUCUCCUGGAAGCAGGAGAAUCAAUUGGUCUAGGCCUUUUAAAGGUUUACAUGUUAUAUGAUCAUCAGCAUUUCGAACUAGAAGGGACCUUAAACGAGCUAGUCUAACUCCCUCCUUUUACAUUUGGGGAAGCUGAAGCUCAGAGAGGUGAACCAACCUGGCCACAACCACGUAGAUGGUAAACAGCAUAGCCAGAAUUAUACCUCUGGUCCUUUAAAUCUGAAUCUACUAGUCCCCACUAUACCAGUGCCCACCAUCUUAGGUUGUUUUUAUUCUUUGUGGCAGUGACUUUUUGCCUUAGAUUUUAAUAUAACUUCUUUGUGUAGGAGCUAAAAUAUGAGAAUCAGAUUCAUUUUCUUUAAAUUUCAAACCUUAAUUUUUUCCAUUCAUCUUGGUUUUGAGUUUUCCUGAUUGCUAUAAUUGUCUAUUCAUCCAUCAGUUUUUAUAAAGCCAGUUUCAUUUUGACCUCUGUACACCUGGCCAUACCCCUUGCUUUACACCAGUAAGGCUCAUGUUCUGAAGUCUUUUUUUUAAGUAUGUGUAAAAUAAUAUGCUUUUUAAUUGUGCUGUUCUUAUUCUCUAUUUGAUAAAUAUCAUCAAAUAUAAACAUUUCUAUAUACCCAAGAACAGAAAGAAUUGAACAUGAAACCAAUCAAUCAAUAAUCAAUCAACAAA